AUGUCCUCGCGGUACCCCAACUCCAACAAUCGAGAACGCUCUCCACCUCCUCGGUUCGAUCGCAGACCCUCAGGCACUUACAGCUCGUUAGGUUCGUCUUAUAGAGGAGCUGCCGACCCUGGCCCAUCAUCCGAUCGAGCUCCUCCACGUGGGCCCAAGGCGGAUUUUCGAGGCUCUGGCUUUCUAUUUUCCGCAGCGACUCGAGGUCGAGGCGGCUUCCCACGCUCUGGUGAUACAUGGGACCGUGACCGUGAUCGCGAUCGCGACAGGGAGACACGCCCUGCUCCACAGUCAUACCGCGCCAGAGAUGAUGAUAGACCAGACUGGCAACGACGAGACCGUGACUUUGGCACUGCAGACAGAAGCGGUGCAGCAGCGAGAGACACCCGGCCAUAUGUAGCUUCGCGUGAUCGCUCUGCCUCUCCUAUACGAGCCCGAAGAGAUUCAAGGGAGAGCAUUCCAUCGACCUAUAGUCGCCAACCCGACAAUGCGUCCUCUUACUACGCACCUGCUUCACGAGGCGCCUUGAAUAGAGGACGUGGCAGAGGUGAUUGGGACCGAUCCAGAGGUCGGAAUUCCUUUGUUGGUGAACGGGACAGAGAUCUUUUCCACAAUCGCAGUCGCUCUCGGGAGAGUUGGCGUGAUCGUGAUUUUGAUCGUGGUCGGCAACUCCCAUCGGAUCCGGAUCGACCAGAUCGCUACGAGCGCAGAGAGUAUGAUCGCAGUAGUAGAGAGCGCGAUAUCCGAGCCCAAGAUGGCCGGCAGAGAGACCACUCCCCAGCCAGAAGCACAGGUGGACAUGCGCUUGGGCCGGUGACGGCACCAUCAGCCACCCCGAGUGACCGACCGGGAAAGCCUGACCACGAGUCCGGUAGAAAGUCAUCUAUUGUUGCUACUCCAACAAGCUCAACCCGUGAUCCGCGUAGGGAUGCCGAUCAAUCAGACUAUUUUGGGGUCUCAAGAGCAGAUCCGCUGCGACGUGAUCCAUCUCAAGUUGCUCAACAACCAGCUUCUGCUGUUGGCCUUGACUAUGGACCUCCACCUUCAGUUGCUCCGGCCACUACUGCGGCAUUCGAGAAGCCUCCCGCCUCAAAACCUCCUCCUCCUCCAAAGAUAGAGCCGAUCUCCGGGACUUCAACAACCUUCCAACCCCCGAGUGGACCAAAAGCUGUUCGGACACCCUCUACACCUAAUGCACCGCAAGGCCCCAAAGCAUCUCAAGCCAACGAUGCUUGGCCUCGCAGUGAACCGCACUCAAGGCCCGUUCGAACGGGCAUCGCGCCGGCAACAAGUACUGCAUCGGCGGAGACGAAUACGAAGAAAGAGGAGCCUCCAACUGAACCACGCGCCACCCAGCCUCCAACCGUUGAUCGAGCAAUGCCACCAAAUGUACCUUCUGGGCCCAGAUUGGGGACUACAGCAUCAACUUUCAAGCAAAGAAUAUCCUCGGUGGAGCCUGUAGGCAGUACCCCAUCUCCCACCACCCCACGGGAGCACUCGAAACCACCUGUCGUGGACACAAAGCCCCCAACGAUUCCAACUGGACCAAGACUUGAUAGGGAGGUAGCACAUAGGGAUGGUCCUCGACCCAUGCCGGGGACCGGUUCGAAGAUAUGGGUUUCACCUGACUAUAAACCGAAGCCCUCCAUUAUGAAUCAACUGAAUAAGCCAUAUCAACCGGAACCCCGGGAAAGGGCAUUGUUCAUACCUACAGGUCCCAGACAAGGGUCGGCCUUCCACGGGCUUACAGACAAGGGUCGGCCUUUAGCAAGUGCUGCCACCUCCAUUCCGACGGCACCUUCAGGUCCAAAGGCACUAACUGCUGGUAGUCCAAGAAUUCCAGAUGCAAAGAUCACACUUAUCCCUAGGCAACCCAUUGAAGAUGUCCAAACGCCUGAUGAUUUAGAAAUGUCAAUGCCGGCCACCAGCGAGGACGAUGACGAAGGCGAGGAUGACCCUUUUGAUGAGGAAUAUUUUGCCGAGUCAGAGGAAAGAUUUAAACAAGAGGUAAAUCUACUGGAAGGUCGGAAGCCUCCACCAGUGCUACAGGACGGUGCGAUUGUGGCUCUUUUGAUCAAAUUACAAUUCCUGGAGAUGCUUUUGCAAGAUAGCAUACCACAACCUGCUGUCGCGCCGGUAGAAGAUUCAAAGCAAGAUCUUGCUGUCACGUUAGCCAUUUCUACCAGUCUACCAUCGCCCACCCGAACUUCAAAUGAUGCCAGCACCAAGUCUGAAGUGGAAGACCUUUAUCCAAAGGGACGGCCAUUAAAGCAAGCACCCAUUAACCCUAUCCCAACCCCACCAAUCGAGGAUCUACCCUACCUCAAUGGCAUUUGUUCUGACCGAGUAAUAUUCGACGAAUCUGACAAUGAGGUUGAACACGAAGCUGUCAACAUGCUACUUCAGCAAGAGUUCGAGCGCAAUGCUUGGGACUGGUGCUCAGAGAUGGAAGACAACCAUGCCGAAUUCAAGUGGAAAUUCCCUUUGUGGAGGUAUGAAAUUGCCCACAUAGAACAUGAACGGCGCGAGUUGCAGGCAAGCCCAGCACCGGCUUCUCCUGCUCCAUCCGCUGCACCCUCUGUCACACCUUCGUUGACCCAUGAACGUACGAGAGGAGCACGCAAUACUACCGAAGCAGAUUUACAAGCGGCUAUCUUGAUGUCACAGCAGUCAGCUAAAGAAGAAGAAGAAAGACGAGAGCGGGAAGCAGCAUCUAGCUCUGUGCCGAACUAUGAUACUGAAGCAGUCAUCCCCGCAAUGCUGAAGCCGAUGGAGAUUGAAUCAUGCCAUUUCCAAGAUACCAAUCGCUUGAUCGCGCACGAAUUGAUCGUCGAUAUAUACUCCUUUCUACCACCGGUAGAUGACUUUACAGAUGAAGAACAGUCUCUCUUCAUCACGGCUUAUUGUCAAACCCCAAAGAAGUGGGGCAAGAUUGCCGAAUCUCUACCAGGGCGCACUUAUCAAGAUUGCAUCGCCCACUAUUAUCUGACCAAGAACAAGGCCCAUUACAAAGAUAUUUGGAGACGAUCGCAGCCAAAGAGAAGGCGUGGUAGGGCCGCAACUAAACCUCGAUCAACUGCGUUAAUGUCUGAGCUGGUGUCUGGUGAUGACGGGGAACCUGGCCCUAUUUCCGUCACGGAGAGUGGAAGACCAAGACGAGCUGCGGCACCAACCUUUGGAGAUCCUGUCAGCGAGAAUGACCCUUCUACACCAGUGCCUCAAUCGAGGAAACUGAAUGCCGCACCGAAAGAUGGUAGUGCGGAGCCAACUCCGAAAGCCACUCGAGGCCGCAAAGCAGGUAUAGCGACAAAAACAAGAAGAACAAAGGCUCAAAUUCAAGCGGACCAGCAAGCACUAUUAAAUGCAGCUGAGACUCCACCUGGUAAGACAGUUAAUGGAACCAAGGCAGAGCGAGGUCGCACCCUUCUGCGCGCAGAGAAUGUUACAAUCAGGACCGAACCACCAGCCGUGCCACAAGCUCCUCGACCAUUAGACGCCAGUCUACCACAGUACCCUCUUCCCGACCUUCCAGCUGAACCGGUUGUCCCUCACAAUCCUGUAAUGUCUCAAGUUACUAGCUACUGGUCAGUGCCAGAGCAAAGCAAAUUUCCCCAACUAUUAGCCUAUUUCGGUCGGGACUUUGCUGCAAUUGCUGAAUUCAUGAAGACCAAGAGCAUGACGAUGAUCAAAAAUUACUAUGUCCGACAAGUCAAUGAUGGCAAGGAGGAGUUUGACAGAUUGGCUCAACUCGGUGACCAAGCGCGUGCAGCAGGCAAGAAGCUUGGACAACCUCCGAGUCCAAUCGCACCACCAAAGCGCAGAUAUGAAGCAACACCUUCCAUGGCGCUUCCACGUCAUCUACCUGUUCAAGUUGAACAAACCCCGGUUGAAGCUGAAUCAUCAGGCCCCGUGGUCAAGCAGAAUGUUAUAGACGAAUUUCCACGAAACAUAGUGGAGAGAAAUGCGUCGGGUGAUGUCGUUGCCAAAACUCAGGCAGUUUCUCGAGAUGUCCUUCGUGACCAGCUCCCCUUACAGCUGCAAGCCCAACCAAAGGUGGAGGAGGCUCAGAAAUUGGACCGGACCUCAUUAUAUGGGCCCAAGCCCUUACAUGGUCCAAGACCUGGAGUCUUUCAGGAUGAUCACCUUGGAUUUCCACCAAAUCGUCAACCCUUGCGCAUGCCUCCACAGGAUCGGUCGCCUCAUCAACAUUCGCAGCGUCUUCCGGAGCUCAACCGAUCUGAUCUACCUAAUCAGACUCCAUUGUCAAAUAUUGCACAAAACCUCCUCAACCAGCCACGAGAUUCUGUCACCCAAGCUCAGCAAAGACCUCAAGCUCCUCCUGUGCAGAACGUGCACCCUGUCCACUCACAAGCUGAGAAUUAUGGUCAGCAACCUGCAAGUAUUUUUCGGCAUACGCAUAGUCGCAAUAGUAGCUCAAGCGUUCCCAGUCAUGCUCUCUUAGAGCAGGCUCAAGAUUUGUCUUCACUCCGGAGACUUGAAACCCAGCCACGAAAUACACACUACAAUUUAGUGCCGAACCCGUCGCAAGUGUUAAUUCCAUCGGUAUCAUCAAACGCCCAGUCUUCGAGGAAUGAGAUGCCUGUUCAACCAACCCCGCCUCCGGCCUCCAACCUUGCUCCCGCAGAACCACCAAAGCCACCAACCAAACGGUCAAAUGUUUUUGGUCUGCUCAAUGAUGACCCCCCCGAGCCACCACCCAAGCGCCCUUCACUCGAAGGGCCGAAAAGAUCAAGCCUGAUUUCGCCUCCGUCAGCACCAGAAGUAGCUACACACGGUGUCCUGCAACAUCAGAGCCGUCAAGCACAACCGGAGGACCCUGUGCUUGGUCGGUCAAUCAGAACAUCUUAUGGCUCCAGUGGCAGUACUGUUGGGGGUGGAGCUGGUCAUUCCCUGGCAGAUUAUCAGAAUGCCUUCAAUGCUCUCCAGACCGCGCCACCUAGCCAUGAGGCGUGGAUGGACCGUUUUGAUCCUAGACCCCA